UCAUAAUAAGAGGGCCUGGUGGCAAUCCAGAGCACACAAUCAUCACAAGUGUCAGUCUUUCCUCUUCUUCUUCUUCUGUUACUCUCUCUCUCUCUCUCUCUCUCAUCACAAGUGUCAGCCUUUCUCUCUCUCUCUCUCUCUGUCUCUCUCAUCACAAGUGUCAGUCUUUCUGUUACUCUCUCUCAAUUUAAAUGCCUUGUGAGUUGUUGAACAGUGGUAGCCUAAGCUCUUUUGUUAACAAUCUGAAUAUAAAGUCAUAUUGACCCUUCUAGCCUCAAACGGCGCCGGUCUUUCUUUGUCCUGUCCUAAGUCUCCUCCCUAUAUAUAUAUAUAUAUAUAUAGCCAACUCCUUCUCACUUUCUCUUUAGAAGAAAGAAGAGCAAGAGUUAAUUAGGAGCAAGAGAUGGGAGAAGAGGAGUUGAAGUGGGUAAUGGUUGUUGUUGUUGUUUUUGUUGUGGGUUUGAGUUUGGUGAUGGGAAUGAAGAUGGUGGAGUUGUUAUGGUGGAGACCAAGGAGAUUGGAAGAACACUUCUCAAAGCAAGGUAUUAGAGGUCCUCCAUACCGUUUCUUUCUAGGCAAUGUGAAGGAGAUGGUUGGUUUCAUGUUGGAGGCUUCUUCUAAGCCAAUGAUUCCACACAACUCACACAACGUCCUUCCAAGAGUUCUCUCCUUCUAUCAUCACUGGAAAAAGAUCUAUGGCUCCACAUUCCUCCUCUGGUUCGGUCCCACUCCACGUCUCACCGUCUCCGACCCAGACCUCAUCCGUGAGAUCCUCGUCUCCCGCUCCGACGCCUUCGACCGCUACGAGUCCCAUCCUCUCGUUCGCCAGCUCGAAGGUGACGGCCUCGUCAGUCUCCGCGGCGAGAAAUGGGCUCAUCACCGCAAAGUCCUCACACCCACUUUCCACAUGGACAACCUCAAGUUGUUGAUCCCGUACAUUGGAAAGACAGUGCUGAAGAUGUUAGAAGACAAGAUGAAGGUGGCAAAGGCAUCAUCAUCAUUAUCAUCAGAAGAAGAAGAAAUAGAAGAAAUAGAGAUAGAUGUCUCUGAAUGGUUUCAUACUGUCACUGAAGACACCAUCACUCGAACAGCUUUCGGCCAAAGCUACGAUGAUGGCCGUGCCGUUUGCCAUCUCCAAGCUCAACAAAUGACCUUCGCCGCCGAGGCCUUCCGCAAAGUCCUCAUCCCUGGUUACAGGUUUCUGCCAACGAAGAGGAAUGCAAGUUCAUGGAGAUUAGAUAAAGAGAUAAAGAAGAAUUUGGUUGGGUUAAUAAAGAAAAGAAAAGAGAGCAGUUUGGAAGAAGAAGAGAUGAGGAGGAGGAGGAGGAAGAAGGAUGAUGAUGAUGAUGAUGAUGAUGAUGAUGGGCAGCAUGAAUACUGUAAAGAUUUGUUAGGACAAAUGAUAAAGGCGAGCACGCCGGCGAAUGAGAUCGUGGAGGAGUGCAAGACUUUCUUCUUCGCGGGUAAGCAGACCACAUCCAACCUGCUGACGUGGACUACCGUGCUCCUCGCCAUGCACCCUGAGUGGCAAGAACUCGCCCGCCACGAGGUCCUCCGCUUCUGCGGCUCACGUGACAUCCCUACUUCCCGCGACCAUCUCGCUAAACUCAAGACGCUGGGGAUGAUAAUAAACGAGACGUUGAGGUUGUAUCCACCGGCGGUGGCAACGAUAAGGAAAGCGAAGGUGGAUGUGGAGCUCCGAGGGUACAAGAUACCGCAGGGGACGGAGAUCUUGAUCCCGAUAAUGGCCGUCCAUCAUGACGUUAAGAUUUGGGGACCGGAUGCGGCGGAGUUCAACCCGGCCCGAUUCAUGGAUAGGGCCCGAAGCCCAACGGGCUUCAUUCCGUUUGGGGUUGGACCACGCAUGUGUAUUGGCAAAAAGCUUGGCGCUUUUGGAGGCAAAGCUAACCAUCGCUAUCCUGCUCCAGCGGUUCAGGUUUAGUCUUGCGCCAAGAUACGUGCACGCACCGACGGUUCUGAUGUUGCUUUACCCGCAGUACGGUGCUCCCGUGAUCUUCAAGCCCUUAUCACCGUCCAUUCAGAGUGAUGGACCCACACUGAAUCCCUCUUGCGAUUGGUG